AUGCCGGGGAAGAAGCCCGGGGGCUCCGCGGGCGGCGAGCUGCAGGGGGACGAGGCGCAGCGGAAUAAGAAGCGGAAAAAGAAGGUUUCCUGCUUCUCCAACAUCAAGAUCUUCCUGGUGUCCGAGUGCGCCCUGAUGCUGGCGCAGGGCACCGUGGGCGCCUACCUGGUGAGUGUUUUAACUACCUUGGAGCGGCGAUUCAACCUGCAGAGCGCUGACGUGGGGGUGAUAGCCAGCAGCUUUGAGAUUGGGAACCUGGCCCUCAUUCUCUUUGUGAGCUACUUUGGAGCCCGGGGGCAUAGGCCACGUUUGAUAGGAUGCGGAGGAAUAGUCAUGGCUCUGGGCGCCCUCCUUUCGGCGUUGCCUGAAUUUCUGACCCAUCAGUACGAAUAUGAAUCUGGGGAAAUACGCUGGGGGGCUGAAGGGAGGGAUGUGUGUGCUGCCAACGGGUCCACCAGCAACGAGGGACCAGACCCGGAUCUUAUCUGCAGGAAUAGGACUACCACCAACAUGAUGUACUUGCUUCUCAUUGGAGCACAAGUGCUCCUAGGCAUUGGUGCUACCCCUGUACAGCCACUAGGAGUUUCCUACAUCGAUGACCACGUGAGACGGAAAGAUUCCUCCCUGUAUAUAGCAUGGUAUUUAAUGGCUACAGAAACUUCACCCCCGACCUACUGUGACUGGAAGCCAAAAGGCAAUCCCAUCAACAAACCACCUUGCUAUGACCACUCUGGUUGA